AUGAAUGAUGUUCAUUACUUCAGGACUAUGCCAGUUUCUGGCCCCAAAAGUUACCCUAACAGAAUAGCAGUGGCUGGAGACUUGGGUCAUACACACAAUACCACAUCCACAGUUAACCACAUCACCAGUAACCAUCCCAAUCUUAUUUUUUUGGUUGGAGAUGUUACUUAUGCCAUUCUUUAUCUAACUAAUGUGGGAGUUCGUCAUUGGGGUUUCCAAUUGCGAAGGUGCGGAGAGAUUUGGGGUUGUGAUCAUCGAGACAACAAGCGCGAAGGCGUUGGAGGUUGGUUUCUGGAAGCCCUAAGUAUCGAAGGGGACCAGUACAAGUGGCUGGAGAGGGACUUGGCUUCUGUUGACAGGGAAGUAACUCCGUGGUUGGUAGCUACAUGGCAUGCACCUUGGUACAGCACCUACAAGGCACAUGAUAGAGAAGCAGAGUGUAUGAGGGUAGAGAUGGAGGACUUACUAUAUAAAUAUGGCGUUGACAUUGUCUUCAAUGGUCAUGUUCAUGCGUAUGAGAGAUCAAACAGGGUAUACAAUUACACAUUGGAUCCUUGUGGUCCUGUUUAUAUCACGGUCGGUGAUGGUGGUAACAGGGAAAAGAUGGCAAUCACGCAUGCUGAUGAACCAUCAACAACUACACCAGAUGACUUUAUGGGUGGCUUCUGCGCCUUUAAUUUUACAUCUGGCCCAGCGGCAGGUAACUUCUGCUGGGAUUACAGUGCUUUCAGAGAAAGUAGCUUUGGUCAUGGCAUUCUGGAGAUGAAAAAUGAAACCCGUGCACUGUGGAUUUGGCAUCGCAAUCAAUACUUUUAUGAUAGUGCUGGAGAUGAGAUUUACGUUGUUCAAUCCUUCUUAAAGAGAAGUAACCCCUGAAAUGCUUUACUCUCGAUUUGUUAUCUAACAUGUAAGCUAUACAAAAUUAAGAAGCCAUCGUAAGAAAGCACUUUUAAACGAUAAUGAUUGUCUGAGAAACACAGUAUGCCACGACAUCGACCAAAACGGGCGAUUGACUUAACUUAAAGCUCUAAAAAUGAUAUGUUCAAUCUCAAUACAAGACUGGGUCUUCCAACUUCGGACAUGAGAAUGAAAACAAUGGAUAUGACUAACACAAUAUAUAUGUAGUUGCAUCGCUGCACUAAAAAAAGUGUCUCCUAGGAACAGAAAAA